GGCGGGGACUCCUCCUCCUCCGGCUGCAUCAGAGCCUACGCGGGCGGGCCUGGCACUCGUCCCGCCGGGAAGAACCGCUCGGACCAUGGCGCGGCUCCGGCUCCCGGUGCGAAUCCUGCCGCUUCUGCUGCUCCGGACGCUCUGCGCUCUUUCUCCCCCGCGCUACUUCCCCAGCCCUGGCGCGGGACCCACCGACGGCUGCUCCGUGCUGCUGGACCCGGUGUCGGGGCAGCUGAAAGUGGUCCAGGGCUGGGCACCGGCCGCCGUCGCUUGGGCCAACUUGACCGACGGGAUCCGCGAGAACGGCUGGGCAGCGCUGGAAUUAACCACCAAUGAGAAAUAUAAUGACAGCAUUCAGGCUUAUGCAGCCGGGGUGGCUGAAGCCACGGUGUCUGCGCAGCUGGUGUACAUGCAUUGGAUGAACACCAUGGUUAGCUACUGUGGGCCUUUCACCUACCAGACGAACUACUGUCAAAAGUUGAAAAAUUACCUCGAAGCCAACUUGAAUUGGAUGGAGGAACAGAUUGAAGAGGCAGGGAUGGACUCUGUCUAUUGGUAUCAGGUUCGCCUUGUUCUGCUGCAGUUGAAAGGUCUUGAAGACGGCUACAGUGGUCAAAUUUCUUUCCCGACCGGCAGAUUCUCUGUCGCCUCCUUCGGCUUUCUCUUGUUCCAGCUGGGUGGGGAUCUGGAAGAUCUGGAAUCGGCCUUCAAUAAACCUAAAAAGGAGGAUCAUCUUGGUUCUGGCUCCUGUUCAGCUCUGAUCAAACUUUUACCUGGCAAUCAUGAUCUCCUUGUCUCACAUGUCACCUGGAAUAACUACGAAGCCAUGUUGCGCAUUCUCAAAAAGUAUACCUUGCCAUUCCGGACUUUACCUCACGGUGAUACCACAAUUCCCGGUCACACCCAAGCUUUCUCUUCGUAUCCUGGCACUAUUUUUUCCGGUGAUGAUUUCUACGUCUUGAGUAGCGGAUUGGUCAGUCUGGAAACUACCAUCGGAAACAGCAACAGUGACCUUUGGAAGUUCAUCAAAGCUGACAACAGUGUGUUGGAAUGGUUGCGCAACAUUGUGGCCAAUCGGCUGGCGAGGACUGGAGAAGAAUGGGCGGCCAUCUUUGAGAAGUUCAACAGUGGCACGUACAAUAACCAAUGGAUGAUUGUGGAUUAUAAAUCUUUUGUGCCAGGCACGGUUGCUCCCCAACGUGGCCUCCUGACUGUGCUGGAACAGCUUCCGGGAAUGGUGAUUACCGCCGACAAGACCGAGCUGUUGUAUCAAGAAGGCUACUGGGCAAGCUACAAUGUGCCGUAUUUCCAGGAUAUCUUCAACACCAGUGGUCUCCCGGCAUUGGUUCAGAAAUAUGGGGACUGGUUCACCUAUGAGAAGAAUCCCCGAGCACGAAUUUUCCGGCGCAACCAAACUCUUAUACGGGACAUGGAUUCAAUGAUCCGACUGAUGAGGUUCAACAACUUCCCUCACGAUCCUCUCUCCUGGUGCCAAGGCUGCAGCCCACCCCAGAACGCAGAAAACGCUAUUGCUGCCCGCUCCGAUCUCAACCCUGCGAACGGCACCUACCCCUUCGGGGCCCUCCACCCGCGGCGGCACGGGGCCACCGAUGUGAAGGUGACUUCUUUCGAAAUGAUGAAGAAUUACAGCUUCCUGGCGGCCAGCGGGCCUACUUGGGAUGACCUCCCUCCUUUCCAGUGGAGCUCUUCUCCGUAUUGCAAUAUACCUCACAUGGGACACCCGGAUCUUUGGAAAUUCUCGCCCAUCCGCGUUCGCUGGGCCUGAGGUCUCCAGGCUUGGAUUGUAGGCCUAAUUCUAGCUACCUACCUGGAGCUUUUGGGGUGCAGAUUCCACCCAGGGGCUGGCUUUCUGGAAAGCACGGGGAAGGCCUUCUUCCUUUUUGUUCUCAGCAGCUUGAGCAGUUCACAGUGAAGAAAUAGAACAGCGGGUCUGUGAAUGCUGCAAUCCUGUAGGGCAGUGGGAUAUGGGAGGAACUUCACUUCCUGCAGAAAACGCAUAUUGUUUGCAUUUAAACAUAUUUUAAGUUCCUAACCCAUCUGGCUUGGGGGGGGGGGAAGCUUGGAAGUGCUAGCAUGCAGAAAAUCCUGAAGAACAGAUUUGCGAGUUGAAGGAAAGAGUCUUCCCCAAGAGGAACAAGUCCCAAAGGUGUUUUUUCAGGAGGCAACUGGACUUUCUUGUUUUUCCUUUGAAGAUAUUUCGCUUCUCAUCUGAGAAGCUUCUUCAGCUCUGACUGGAUGGUGGGGAAGGGAAGGAUUUAUAUUCC